AUGAAGAGUAUUUAAAAAGAGAGACCUAUUCAAGUAGUGAAGUACACAAAAGAAACAUAAGAAUUUGAAAUAACAAAAGAGGCUAGAGAAUUUUUUUAAGAGUUAGAAGGUGAUUUUGGAUUUGUGGUCGUUUGUGGAAAGUAUAGAACAGGGAAAAGCUUUUUAUUAAAUAAGCUAUUAGAUGUAGGAGGAGAUGGAGUAAGUUUAGGAUUAAAGUUUAUAGUUUAAAGUUGAUGCAGCAACUGACUCUUGCACAUAAGGUAUUUGGAUGUAUUCAAAACCUAUUAUCAAUUAAAAAAACAACCUUUAGAUUUAUUUUUUAGAUACUGAAGGUAGUGAAUCAAUUGAUAGAAAUAAAAAUCAUGAUGCUAAAAUAUUUGCUUUAGCUAUUUUGAUGAGUUCCAUUUUUGUUUUUAAUUCAAGAGGAUGCAUUGAUGAAACAUCCAUCUCUUAAUUGUAAUUAACAACAACUUUAGCUAAGAAUAUAUAAGUUUAAGAUUAAAAUAAAGAAUCUGUUAAUGAAUCUUAAAUAAAAUAUUUUACACCUAAAUUUGUUUGGAUAUUAAGAGACUAUGUUCUUGAAAUGAGAGAUAAAAAUUAAAAAGAAUUAUCACCCAAAGAAUAUAUGGAAAAUUGUUUAAAUGAUGAAAGUUAAUAUGCUAAAUCAAAUGAAUAAAGUAAAAAAAUUAGAAAAUCUUUACUUAAUUUUUUUAGAGAAAGGUAAUGUUUUCCUUUAAUAACUCCAGUUGAUGACACAUAGUUAUCAAUAGUUAAUUAAAUUUCAUUCAAUUAAUUAAGGCCAGAGUUUUAAAAAACUGUAAAUGUUAAAUUAUUUAUAUAAAGUUGAAAAAAUUAAAAGAUUAUAUAAUGGACAACUGUUCUCCAAAGUAAAUACAUUCUGAAAAUGUGAAUGGAAGAAUGUUUUGUGCAAUGUUAGAUAAUUACAUUGAAGUAAUUAAUAGAGGUGGAGUUCCUAAUAUAGAUACAGCAUGGGAUAGUAUUUUAGAAAAUGAAUGUGCAUAAGGAUUUGAUUAAGCUCAAAAAAAUUAUUAGAAUAGUUAUAAAAGUUUUUUUACUUAGGAUAAAAAUUAAAGAAAGUUAGAAGAUACUAUUUAAAUACUUUCAUAAAUACGUAGUGAUUGUUUUGACACAUUUCAUCAUAUAGCUGGAGUGAGAGAAAUGAAUAAUCAUUAUGAAAAUUAUAAACAAAAGCUUACAGAGAUGUUAAAUAAAGCAGAAAAUGAAGCUAUAUAUGCAAAUGAUCAAUAUCAUUAAUUGUAAAAUUAAUAUAUUUACAUAGAAAAAAUUAAUAAAUAAUUGCAUAAGAAAUUAAAAAAGUAUAGGAAGAUGUAGAAAAAGAGAAUUACACUUAUGAUGAUUUACAUUUCUUUUCAACUGAUUUUGUUAAGUAAGUAUUUAAUUCAGUUUAGUUUUUUAUUAAAUUAUGAUAAACUAGGAUCUGGUGCAAAUAAAGCAAUUACACUUUUUGAUUAUUUAAAAUCAACUCAUUCAAAUUUAUUAAAAAAAUUAGAAAAAUCAAUUAGAUAAAAAUAAAAUAAAAAAGGAUCAACUUAAACUAAUAUUAAUUAAGAAUUAGCAUAAGAAAUAAGAGAUUAUGAUUCUCAAUAUAAAAUAUUAGAAUAGAAUAUUUAAUAAUAAGAUAUAUAAUUACAAAAGUUAGAAGCUGAAAAAUAAAAAUUAGAUUAGGAAAAGAAGAAAUUAAAAGAAGAAUUAGAAUAACUUUAAAAUAGUAAUAAAUAUAAAUAAAUAAUAAGAAUAGAAUUAAGUUAACUAAGCUGAAAAAUAAAAAUUAGAGGAAGAAUAAAAGAAAUAAGAAAAGGAUAAAUAAGAACUUAGCUUAAGACUAAAAGUAAUUAAUUAUAUCUAAGAUUAGAAUAUAACUAAAAAAAAGAAAGGAUGCUGUGGAUGAUAUUGAUUAUUAUAAAAUUU